AUGAAACCAUCUAAACUGCAAGAUCAUCUGAGAAGAUGCCACCCUGAUAAAACAGAGAAAGAUUUGAAAUACUUUCAAACACUCAAAGAUAAAUUUCAGAAGAGACCUACACUGGACAGAAUGUUCGCUUCGACGCCGACGUCACAAAGAAAUGAUGAUGGUUUCCGGGUGUCUUAUAAUAUCUCGUUACUUAUAGCAAAAUCCGGAAAACCGCAUACUAUCGGAGAGAAGUUAAUUUUGCCAGCCGUUGAAGAGGUUUUAAAAACUGUUUUACACAAACCUGCAUCUGAUAUCAUUAAAAGAAUUCCCUUAAGCAACAAUACUGUUAAAAGACGUAUUGAUGAAAUGAGUUCUGAUAUUGAAAGCUUCUUAUGUAAUUAUUUGCAAACGACCCAUUUCUCUAUACAACUGGAGGAGUCAACUUUACCUGAUAAUGCAGCAUUAUUAUUGGCAUAUGUUCUUUUUAUUUUGAAUCAAGAAAUCUACGAAGAACUGCUCUUCGCAAGAACUUUGAUAACCGACACUAAAGAUUUUGAAUCUAGGUUUGAGGAUAUUUUGACUAUGGUAAUACCACCGUGGAUAAUUAAUCCAUAUGGUGACAUAGAAGAAACGAAUGUCAUAAUACAAGAGGAACUAACUGAACUAAGUACAAACGAAGAACUUAAGGUUCAGUUUAAAAACGGAUAUCAGCAAUUCUGGCUGCAAAACAACAUACCCGUUACUUAUCCCGUAUUAUGGAAUAUAGCGAGGAAAUUUUUAAUUUCCUUUCUAUCGUCAUACCUAGUGGAAAGGGGGUUCAGCGCUGUUACCAAUCUCCUAACGAAAAAAAGAAACAGACUGGACGUCAUUAGCCGAGGAGAUUUAAGAUUAACCCUUACAAAAUUGACGCCAAAUGUUGAUAAUUUAUUAUUAAAGCAUCAGGUUCAUCCUUCUCACUAA